UGUCAGGUGGUUUACAAAUCAUAAUAAACCAGAGGGCGUUUCAUAACAUACAAACAAUGCGGAUUUAAAUUGCACUUUUGAAGAAGCGAUGCAGGUAGUGUUGGUUGCUGUGUAGGCUUUUGUUACGCGUAUAGAUUGUUAUUUGACAGAUUCAAUCAUGGAAAGCCACACCCAUAAAUAUUCAAUAGAGCACCAAUGGGACGGCACUCCCAUUGACCACGCCCCAAUCACAGUAGCCAUCUCUAAAGAUCCCAACAAUGCCAUGUUUGUCAUCCUAGAGACAGAAGCGCCCUUCUUUAAUGACCCUGGUAGUCCACCACAAGGAGAGCCCGGUCAGACGUAUGAUGGGCUUUGGGAAUAUGAAGUUGUAGAGGCGUUCUUCCUUGGGGAUAAAGAUAGAUACCUUGAGGUAGAGCUUUGUCCGCAUGGCCAGCACUUAGUCCUUGCUCUGAAUGGUGUCAGAAAUUGUUACAAGACCAAGCUACCUCUUGCUUUCCACUCAACAAUCACUGCCAACACAUGGAGAGGAAUUGCCAGAAUCCGAUUGGAGUACUUCCCACAUGGAGUCAACAAGUUCAAUGCUUAUGCAAUCCAUGGAAAGGGAACCAAUAGAACAUAUGAGGCUUUGUAUCAUGUACCCAAAGACAAAUACACUAGCCCGGACUUCCACCGUUUGCAGUACUUCCAAGAUAUUGAUUUCAAGGAUAUAAUAGCAGAUGAUACAAGGACUACAAUAUGGGAUGGUGUCAUGUAAAAUGAUUGGUUAUUGCAUUUUAAAGCGCUGGACAGUUUGGUAGUUACUCAAAAUGUAGGCUUACAUCAGCAUUAAAACUUAUUGGUAACAAGCAAUGGAUAGCAGUUAAUAGUAUACAAAGCUGUGCCAAAACGACUCCCUCUGAAGUUUUUGAAAGAGUUAAUUUCUUGCAUUAUUUUCUUGCAUCUGUGAUGUUGAGUAAAA